GAUGGUAGGAUGAGCCGAAGCGAAAGCCCUAACUAAGAAAAAGCAAAAACAAAAAUAAAAAUAAAAGAAAGGAGAGAACUCGGAAGAAAACCCUUAUUCCCCUCUCCCUCUCACUAGGAAUUUAUUCAACAGCCUUGAAUACCGGUGGAAUGCUCAAACCUUCGAUUUAUUAAGAAAUUAAAUAGAGGUUGCUCGACGAUGAUGUCGACUCAGUUUCUGACGGCGUCGACAGCGCCGCCGCCGUUUCCGAAAUUUCAGCGUGGUGUCGGACUCCGAUUUCGUACCCUUACCCGUGUCUUCCCGUCUGGGAGUGGGACUGUGAAGUGUCUGCACCGCCACCCUGGGCUUACAUGGCGAGCCCGUGCAACAGAGGAGAGGGUCGAAGUGAGACCUUUUGCAAGCAUUUCUUCCUCGAGAAAUCAAGAAACAUCUUCUGUUGGCGUUAAUCCACAGCCAUCAGCACCGCCAUCGCCGUCAUAUGUGGGGUCGCCUCUCUUUUGGAUCGGAGUUGGUGUUGGUCUCUCGGCACUGUUUUCAUGGGUUGCUACGUACUUAAAGAAAUAUGCAAUGCAACAAGCUUUCAAGACAUUGAUGGGACAGAUGAAUUCUCAAAAUAACCAAUUCAACAAUGCAUCUUUUUCUUCGGGAUCACCGUUUCCAUUUCCUAUGCCUUCAACACCAGGGUUUUCUACCUCACCUACUCCAGCCACAUCUAAACCUGCUGUUACAGUGGAUGUGCCUGCAACGAAUGUAGACGCUGCACCGGCAACUGUUGUCAAAGAGGAAACAGAAGUGAAAGAGGAAUCAAAGAAACUUGGUUUUGUAGAUGUUUCUCCUGAAGAAGCUGAGCAAAAAAGUCCUUAUGAAAGCUUUAAAGAUGUUACUGGAACAAGUUCAUCCAAAGACAUUCAGACUGCUGAGGCGGUUUCACAAAAUGGAGCUGCUUCGAAGCCCGUGGAUGUUUCCCAAUGGUUGAAAUCUACUGGUACUUCUCCUGGUUCUGAGGGCUCCCCAUCUUCUCGUAAACCUAUCUUAUCGGUGGAAGCUUUGGAGAAAAUGAUGGAAGAUCCAACAGUGCAAAAGAUUGUUUAUCCUCAUUUACCUGAGGAGUUGAGGAAUCCUGAAACCUUCAAAUGGAUGCUACAAAAUCCACAAUACCGGCAACAACUCGAGGAGAUGAUAAACAACAUGAUGGGUGGAAACGGCGAGUGGGACAAGGGAUUGAUGGAUUCUUUUAAAGAUUUCGAUCUUAACAGCCCUGAGGUUAAGCAGCAGUUUGAUCAAAUUGGGCUUUCACCUGAAGAAACCCUUGCAAAAAUUAUGGGCGACCCUGAACUUACAUUGGCAUUUCAAAACCCAAGAAUUCAAGCAGCAAUCAUGGAUUGUUCACAAAACCCACUUAGCAUUUCCAAAUAUCAAAAUGACAAGGAGGUCAUGGAUCUUUUCAAUAAAAUAUCGCAACUCUUCCCCGGCGUGUCAGGUCCACCUUGAUUUUGUUCAUUAAUCCUGAGUUGCUAUUUACUUACUGGAAUAAACAUGUUCAUAAUUUGUCCUUGAUGAGUGAAAAAAUACAAAGCUUCCAUUACUGAACAUGCUCUAUUGCUCAUGGCUGCAAAUUGAGAUGCUUCAUCCUGCUCAAAACUGUGGCGGCCAGUCCUCAUAAGACUGAGUUGACCUGAUCAGAGUUCCCUCACCUCAGCCCAUGAUUAAGAAUAUGUACAAGUUUUCGUAAUGGCUUUUCUGCGAUGUUUUGACAGGUAGUUAAUUAGUUAAUCUCUCUCGCUGUUGCACUUAAAAGAAUUUAAUUGCACUCAUAGCUUCAUCUCUCUUGAUGGUAUCCUUAUUGUACUACA